UCUGAAAAUAGAGCACUUACAGCCAUCCAUGAGUGUAACCAACUCCUCUGCCUAUCGAUCGGAGCGUAGUUUCCACCAGACUUCAUCCUCAACUACGUCCUCUGGUAACCCAUACAUGGAGAAGAGCCGGGGACUAUUUGCUGAGGACUUUGGCUCGUUCAUGCGGCCUGGGAGCGACUCCUUGGGUUUUUCCAGUGGAGCUGGAAAUAUCAAGACUCUUGACGAUUCGUACCAGUUCACAGUUGACGUGCGAGAUUUCUCCCCUGAAGAUAUCAUCGUCACCACAUCCAACAACCAGAUAGAAGUCCGUGCGGAAAAGUUGGCCCAGGACGGUUCAGUGAUGAACACUUUCACCCACAAGUGCCAGCUACCCGAGGACGUGGAUCCCACCUCAGUGACAUCAUCAUUGGGCACCGAGGGGACCCUCACGGUCCGGGCACGGCGAAAUCCAGCCAAGCAUGAGCUCGUACAGACCUUCCGCACCGAGAUCAAAAUCUAGAGAGGGUCCGAUCUGUCACUUCUGUGCUUUCAUACCAUUUCCUGUGCUUCUUAUCCUCACUGUCAUCAUUCAGUUUUACUUCAAACACUCAGAGAGCUGACACUGUGCUCUGCGUGACACAAUGCCACUUUGUUGCUGCUCAUUUAUGUGUUGUGAGUUAGCUCAUCCCGCACAUACACAACGGGACAUACACAUUAAUUUAAGGAGACGCAAGGGCUUGGAGCACCAUUUUGCACAAAGAUGUAGACACACAACCAAUAAACCAUCAGUUAACUUCUCCUCUACCCCUCCCAGUGUUAUUCUAAAACUUACCAGUCACUUCUAAAGAUGAUAAGUUAUUGUAUUAUAUUAUUUGUGUGAAUAAAAUGAUACUGCUUUGACAAUA